CAAAAGUGAAACAGAUUGAGUCUUGAGUGGUGAGUGUGUGACUGCUGUCAAAAAAUCUGGAUCAGUGAUAUGACGAACGAAAACUGAAUUAUGUUAGGGAACCAGAAAACGUAGAAUCCCAAUUUUCGAAAUGGGAUCUAGAUUAAGAAACGAUGUUAAACACCUCAUCGAGUGUUUCUGUGAAAUAGUGAGUCCUGAAACCUCCAACAAGCAGCCAUGGGUUGUUCAAAAGUUCCCGGAAAAUUUUAAAGAUGAUGAAAUGUUAAAGCAAGUUUCUCUGUUUGCAUUUCCUUGUGAUGUACCAUGCAACACAGUCCAACACUUUUCCUUCGUGCUAACAAGCCUAGAUUCAAAAUGGACUUUUGGAUUCUGUCGUCAAGCACCAGGAGCUCAAACAGCACUAGUUAUCAUCAGUUAUUUACCCUGGCAUGAAUUUUUCUUCAAAAUUCUCAAUCAGAUUGCUGAAUUGAUGCAAGAGCAAGCAGUGCAAGAUCUGAAUAGCUUUCUGGAAGGACUCUACCAAAGAGAUGUUCCUGCACCAAGUACAACUCUUCAUAUCCCUUUUGGGAGAGCUCAUAGAGUUUACACUUGUAAAUGCCCCAAUACAUACACCCUACCCAGCAUUCCUGAGAAUAGAAAUCUGACCGAGUAUUUUAAUGCCGUCGAUGCCCACAACAUGAUGGUAAUUUUUGCUUCCAUGUUGCACGAACGGCGCAUCGUCAUGGUCUCUUCCAGAAUAUCUCGACUUAGCGCUUGUAUCCAAGCUGCUAAUGCUGUGAUCUACCCCAUGAUCUGGCAGCACAUAUACAUCCCUGUUCUUCCUCCACAUUUAAUGGACUACCUACUUGCCCCUAUGCCCUACUUGUCUGGUGUUCCAUCCACUACUUGGGAGAGAGUUCGAAAAUCUGAAUUAGGCGAACUCGUAGUUUUGAAUGUCGAUUCCAACCACAUCGAAACCCCGUUUGACGAUUUGGAACGCUUGCCGCCAGAUAUAGUAUCUGGCAUGCGGCGGCGACUAAAGACUCCAGGAAACAUGAUGGGCGACGGUGUUGCUCGUGUAUUUCUUCGAGCUCUUGUGCAGCUCAUUGGAGGCUACCGCGAUGCGCUUCGCUUUCGACAAGGGGAGCAAAUCACUUUUUGCGAAGAUGCUCUAGUGCAGUCACGACCGCUACCUCUACGCCCUUUUCUGGAGUCAAUGCUUCAAUUGCAAAUCUUUCAACAAUUUAUUGAAGAAAGACUGGAAAUGUUAAACUCGGGACAAGGUUUUUCGGACGAAUUUGAAUUAGAGGCUUGCCUGUACUCUGACAAAUCGAGUAGUCGCUUAAAACAACAGUACAAAGAAUGGUCAAGCACCAUGAGAAAAGAAAGUGGUGCUCUUUUUAAAAAGGCGAAUCCAGCCAUGCGGAACGCUGUCAAAACUGUUGGGCGACUAGCCAAGGAAAAGAGUCGGACAGCUUAUAGAGAAGUUCGUUCGAAAUUCAAAGACAUGCAGAUUAACAGGGAACUAGAAGGGGCUGCAUAUUCGGCUGCUAAUACUAAAUUGCGCGACAAACCACGCUCCGCACCCUCGUCUCCGAAGUUCAGCAGCAGCGACGUGUCGGCAAAUCAAAGGAGAACUGUAGUGUCACCCUCGACCCUAACACACCAGAUUAACUCGAACUUCAUAGAUCGAAACCAUUCUUUACGUCGGUGUGAGACUUCGGUCAGUCAACACUACCAUGUUAGCGGAUCCAGUCCUGGAUAUCCUACCGGAACCAAUGGAGCGAGUUCCAGUUCGGAUGAGAGCGGUACUGAAGAUGAACUGAACAUGAUACCUCUCAAUUUGAACUUGAUGGACGACAUGAAGGAUAUUUUGGCCAAGACAGCGUCUUCCGCGUCAACACCACCCGCCAUAGAUCGUUCACGUAAACCCAGUUUAUCCAGUCCCCCUGUUUCCCCUGUUGCCAACCCUGUCCUACGUCAACAUAGUGCACCUAUCCUUAACGCUGGACCUUAUUCUGUUCAACCGAUUCCCCUGCCACCCCUCCGUUCUCGUAAGCGUACUACCGAGCCACAAAGUAGUCCACUGUCUCCUAAGAGUGCAGCACAAGUAGAUUUGAUUCGUCUGGACUCGGCAACUUCACUCUCGCCAGUCGAUGAAUUUGAUCCUUUAGGAGCUCUUCGAACGGAACCAGAACCAACGCGGGUAACCCAGUCUAAUCCGGUCUAUUCCUUCCACGUUCCGCGACAGAUCGCAGAACCCCAAGUGCCAUCUGGACCCAGCAGUGGUAGUGGUGGAUCAACUACUUUUAAGGGCUACACCAGCCGUUUUGAUACAGGAUCGGAUCCGUUCAGCAAUCUAUUGGCGUUCACACGAACCAAUCUUGGGCCAACUGUCUCUGGACCCGAACGCGCCAAACCUAACGAAUCCUUCCUUACAUCCGACAAGUCAUCUUGGACAACAUUUGAUUAAUAAUAAUAUUAAUAAUAAUAAUUAAAAAACAAACAAAAACAAUCAUAACUGUCAUUUGUAUACACUUCAAAAAAGAGCAUGGUCUUUUCCUUCCCUAAUUAUAGGUAUACUCAAAUGUUUAAAUUUAUUUCGUUUAACAAAUUACAUCGCUUUCUUCCUUCAUGCUUAUUGUAUUAUUUCUUAUUUUAUUUUAAUAUAAACCUUACGAGUCA